CGAACACGCGCCACAGUGUCGUCCGGCUCUGCUGCGUUACCCCUACCACAAUGGCGGCGUGCUUCACACAGCGGGUGGUACUCCUGGCGGCUGUCUGUGCCCUUCUCGUCAGUCUCUCAGCUGCCAUAGACUACCAUGGACCCUUACUCUCGAAAUUAGCUGCUGCCGAGCAACUGGGUGAAGGGGCGCCCCGAGCUCCUCGGGCGGCGUUUGGCCCACCGUACGGAGGUGGCUUCGGGGGCGGUCGCCACCACCCGGGUUUCGGCGGCGGCUUCCACCAACCCGGCUGCGUUCUCUGCGGCGGCGGACGACCCGGCGGCAUCUCCGGCUCCUUCAGCAAGUCCAGCAGCAGCUCCUCCAGUGGAUCUAUCAACUUUGGUCGAAAGAAGUAAAGCAGCAGUCGCGACUUCGAGAAACGCAACGCCCGUCUCUUAACAGCUCAUUUCAUUUCAUUGAAACCCACUCUCUAAAUAAAGACAAUUCACACUGUGAAAAAUAUUUAUAUUACAUACAGAAAAAAAAUUAUUCAUUGUGCACUUUGUAGCUGGAGACUGGAGGCAUAAAGGACAUGUAGCUGGGUCUAUCAUCAGUGAGCUGUUUGUUUACAGGCUUUACAAUGGCGUGAGCUUCACUGUAUCGACUGUUUUAAUUCGUUGAUUAAAACGAGAUUGGUAAUACAUAAUAAAUCAAAACACCUUA